UCAAAAGCCUGCCUUCCAAGGAGGAGUAUAUCAAAAGUCAAAACUCAAAAUCUGAACAAACUCUUGGAAACUCCAUUACCCUUUUCUUCUGUGGAACAAAGAGUGAUGACAGAGUAAUGUAAAUGGAAGUAUCUAUGGAUUGCAGCCUUUGGGACAGUGUUUUGGAGCUAACUAAGGUAUCCCAAGAAAAGGGUGGUGAUCCAUUGGUUUGGGCAAUACAAGUUUCUUCAUGUCUGAGUUCAGCAGGGGUAUCUUUGCCUUCUCUUGAAUUAGCCAAUUUCUUGGUAUCUCACAUUUGUUGGGAAAACAAUUUGCCUAUAGUGUGGAAGUUUUUGGAGAAGGCCUUGGUUCUCAAGAUUGUGUCUCCCAUCAUUGUUUUCCCUCUUCUUUCCAGCAGGGUAAUCCAAAAUCGGCGCUUGAGGCCGGCUGCAUUUAGGCUCUACAUGGAACUCCUCAGAAGACAUAUUUUUACUCUUAAAAUCCAUGUAAACAUGCAAAGCUAUAAGAAGAUUGUGAGUUUCUUGGAUAGCGUCCUCUAUUUGACUGAGAUAUUUGGCAUGCACGCUGAUGAGCCUGGUGUUCUUGUUGUUGAGAUUAUCUUUUCAAUUGUUUGGCAAUUACUCGAUGCAUCAUUGGACGAUGAAGGGUUGCUCCAACUUACUCCAGAAAAGAAAUCUAGAUGGCCAACUAAGCCUGAAGAUAUGGAGAUAGAUGGCUGCAUUACUGAUAUGGAGAGAAAUGAACACAAAGAACGGUUGAAGAAUUUAAAUACUCUUCUGGCUAUUGAGUUGAUAGCACAAUUUUUACAAAAUAAAGUAACUGCCAGGAUUCUUUACUUGGCUCGCCAAAACAUGCCCGUACAUUGGGGAGCUUUUGUUCAGCGUAUACAACUACUAGCUGGAAAUUCAUCAGCAUUGCAAAGUUCAAGCGUUAUAUCACCCGAGGCACUUCUUCAGCUGGCAUCAGAUGCUCACAAUUUAAUCAAAACAAAUUCCUUACAAGAACGUUAUGUCAGAAGCACUUUACGAUCUCUAGCUACUUGUGCUGGUCUUUGUUUUGGGAGUAGCCGUUCUUCCCUUUGGCUUCCUCUAGAUCUCUUCCUGGAAGAUGCAAUGGAUGGUUCACAAGUUAAUGCUACAAGCGCUAUUGAAAUUAUAACUGACUUAGUCAAGUCCCUACAAGCAAUCAAUGCUACAACUUGGCAUGAGACAUUUUUAGGACUUUGGAUGGCAGCUCUACGACUUGUUCAAAGGGAGAGGGAUCCAAUUGAGGGCCCUAUGCCUCGCCUGGAUACUCGCUUGUGCAUGUUGUUCUCUAUCAUAACACUUGUCGUUGCCGAUCUUAUUGAGGAAGAGGAAAGUGAAGCAUGUGAUGAAAUUGAAUCCAGCAUAGGCAGGCACAUGAAAAAACAGGUUGCAGGCACACGUCGUAGGGAUAUAGUCUCUUGUUUACAGAGUCUGGGCGAUUAUCAAAGCUUGCUAACGCCGCCUCAGGCAAUCACUACUGCAGCCAACCAGGCUGCUGCUAAAGCAAUGAUGUUUAGAUCAGGCAUCAAUACCAACAGUUCAUACUUUGAGUGCAUCAACUUGAAGGAUUUGCCAAUCAACUGUUCUGGUAACCUGUAUCAUUUGAUAGUUGAGGCAUGCAUUGCCAGAAAUCUGCUGGACACUUCUGCUUAUUUCUGGCCCGGCUACGUGAAUGGACGCAUGAACCAGUUACCGCACAGUAUGCCAACUCAAGUGCCUGGUUGGUCAUCAUUUAUGAAGGGAGCCCCAUUGACUCAAGCAAUGAUUAAUGCUUUGGUUUCUGCUCCUGCUUCAAGUUUAGCAGAGCUUGAGAAGAUUUUCGAGAUGGCGGUCAAAGGAGCAGACGAUGAGAAGAUAGCUGCUGCCACCAUUCUUUGUGGAGCCUCACUAAUUCAUGGUUGGAAUAUACAGGAACAUGCUGUUAAUUUCAUAACCAGGUUAUUGUCUCCUCCAGUUCCUACUGACUACUCUGGUAAAGAUAGCCAUUUGAUAGGCUAUGCCCCAACGUUAAAUGUCUUACUCGUUGGAAUAGCACCAGUGGACUGUGUUCAGAUUUUCUCCCUUCACGGCAUGGUCCCACAACUUGCUGCUUCAUUAAUGACAAUUUGUGAGGUGUUUGGUUCAUGUGUUCCUAAUAUCUCAUGGACGCUGACAACAGGAGAGGACAUCUCAGUGCAUGCUGUGUUCUCAAAUGCCUUUGCUCUACUACUAAAGUUAUGGAGGUUCAACCAUCCACCUAUUGAAUAUAGAGUCGGAGAUGUGCCCCCUGUGGGAUGCCAACUAACUCCUGAAUACCUCCUACUAAUGAGGAAUUCCCAUCUUGUGUCUUCCGGAGACAUGCUAAAGGAUCCAAAUAGAAGGAGGCUUGCAGCUGUUGCAAGUUCAUCUUCUCCUAAUCCUAUAUUUGUGGACUCAUUUCCAAAAUUGAGAGUUUGGUAUAGGCAACAUUUGGCAUGUAUAGCUUCAACUUUGUCAGGUCUUGUAAAUGGGACUCUUGUCUGUCAAACUGUUGAUCUUUUACUCAAUAUGAUGUUCAAAAAGAUUAAUGGGGGAAGUCAGAGUUUGAUCUCCAUAACAUCCGGAAGUAGCAGCUCUUCUGGAACUGGAAGUGAGGAUACUUCUCCAAGGCCUAAGUUACCUGCUUGGGACAUCCUCGAAGCCGUUCCUUUUGUGGUUGAUGCUGCUCUAACAGCAUGUGCUCAUGGAAGACUUUCUCCCCGUGAACUGUGCACAGGACUUAAAGAUUUGGCUGAUUUUCUUCCUGCAUCGCUAGCAACCAUUGUAAGCUACUUCUCAGCUGAGGUCACUCGUGGUGUUUGGAAACCAGUUUUUAUGAAUGGCACUGAUUGGCCAAGUCCUGCUGCAAAUCUCUCCAAUGUUGAGGAACAAAUCAAGAAAAUUCUAGCAGCCACUGGUGUAGAUGUCCCAAGCCUUGCUGCAGGCGGAAGCUCGCCGGCAAUCCUUCCACUGCCAUUGGCUGCAUUUGUCAGUCUUACUAUAACGUAUAAACUCGAUAAAGCGUCCCAGCGUUUUCUCAAUCUGGCAGGCCCCGCUCUGGAGUCACUUGCAGCUGGCUGCCCUUGGCCAUGCAUGCCAAUUGUGGCUUCUUUGUGGACCCAAAAGGCAAAAAGGUGGAGUGACUUCCUUGUGUUUUCUGCAUCUCGAACCGUCUUUCUCAACAACAACCAUGCAGUCAUUCAGCUUCUCAAAAGUUGCUUCAUGACCACCCUUGGUUUGAACUCUUCCUCCAUAUCAAGCAAUGGUGGUAUUGGUGCACUUCUUGGACACGGAUUUGGAUCACAUUUCUAUGGUGGUAUUUCUCCGGUUGCCCCAGGUAUUCUGUAUCUACGAGUUUACAGAUCCAUCAGAGACAUCAUGUUCUUGAGAGAAGAGAUUGUUUCUCUUCUGAUGCAAUCUAUAAGUGAUAUAGCACACAGUGAUCUUCCAAGACAAAGGUUGGACAAACUGAAGAUACCCAAAAAUGGAAAGAAAUUUGGAAAUGUUUCACUUGCUAAAACAAUGACAAGGGUGAAAUUAGCUGCCUUGCUUGGGGCUUCUUUAUUAUGGUUAUCUGGUGGCUCAGGGCUGGUGCAGUCAUUAAUAAAAGAGACUCUUCCCUCUUGGUUCUUGUCUGUUCACAGCUCCAAUCAAGGAGGUGAGGGUGGUCUAGUUCCGAUGCUCAAGGGGUAUGCACUGGCAUACUUUGCAGUACUCUGUGGAGCUUUCGCGAGUGGUGUCGACUCGUUAUCCAUGGCAUCAAAGAGACGUCCAAAAAUCAUUGGGCGUCACGUGGAAUUCAUAGCCAGUGUCUUGGAUGGCAAAAUAUCACUUGGUUGUGAUCCAGCUACUUGGCAUGCCUACGUGUCGGGAUUUGUGAGCCUGAUGGUUGGUUGUACACCAACUUGGGUGUUUGAAGUAGAUGCUGAGUUGUUAAAGAGGCUCAGUAAAGGCUUGAGACAAUGGCAUGAGGAGGACCUUGCUCUUGCUUUGCUUAGCAUUGGUGGUGUUGGUACAAUGGGAUCAGCUGCAGAAUUGAUCAUGGAGGUUUCAUCAUAGUAUUUCUUCUUACCAUAAGAAAUUUUGUAGGUAGAUUGUUAUUGGUAGUUUAAACUUAGUGUUCAACCAAGGAACCUUGUGUACAGUUUAAAGGUGUAACCUUACUUUAUGUGCUUUUUAGGCUGUUUGUUGAUAGGAGGGAAGUCAUGUACAUUUGGUGUGAAAAUAUGUCUUUUGGGUUCGAAUUACUAAAGAUUAUAUCUAUGUGAUAAACAAGAUUGAACCAACUUUUGUCUUUUGAGGUGAUAUUGAAGGCACAGGAUCCUCUAUUACACUGC